AUGUCGAUCCGAAGCUGUCUCAAAAACCUCAACACCGUCAAAAAACGUCUUCGUCUCCCACUCCUUCACCAAGAGCCGUACCGUGAACUCCCGCCGUCCAUCGCCAAAACCUUGGACCCUUUAUCUUCUUCCCCGCCUUCACCCGCCGCCGCUCUCUCUUAUCUCAGCCCUUCGAAACUGCUACAGAUUCUCGCGGACCCUGCCGUCAAGCCCACGGAGGGCUACCAAUUCUUCAAUUGGGUGCUCGAGAACCGGUCGUCGGUCUCCUUCAUCCCCGAUCCCCGGGCGCAUUUGACGCUCGUCUGCAGGCUUCUGACGGUGAAAAGGUUUCCGGAGGCCGUGAAUCUCUUCAAGAGCUUGAUAAUUGAUCAAAAGGGAAGUGCAGUGGAGAUUGAUGAGAGAACUUGUACUCUGCAUUUGCUUGUGCUCAAGAAGAAUCGCGAGAUGAAGUUGGUCUUGGAGUUCUUCCACCGAAUGAUCAAAUCUGGCAUUGAGAUAUCUCCUUACUCGCUUGCAGUUGUUGUUGGUGGGUUGUGCGAGAAUGGAAAGAUCAGAAGGUGCAGAGAGUUGGUAGAGGAAAUGAUCGGUUAUGGGAUCAAGCCGAACAUCGUUACUUUUAACAUAAUGCUGAAGGCCUGUUUGAAAAGGUGGAAUUUUGGACAGUUGGAGUUGAUCUUAGCACUGAUGAAGAAUCAAGAGACACCCUGCGAUGAAAGAACUUAUAAAAUACUGAUCGAUGGCUAUGUAAGCUCCGGGAAGCUCGAGGAAGCUGAAACGAUGGUUUUGGAGAUGCAUGAUAAAGGUUUUGGAGGAGAUUUCCACUUGUGGAACUUGGUUAGAACUCGGUACUGUUGCCUUGUCGACAGAGCAGCUUUACUGUUCGAUAAAAUGACUCUGAGAGAUGUCACUUCGAGUGCUGCUACGUACUGUGCAUUGAUUAACACCACUGUGUGGGGAAGAGAAGAUUGA